GAGUUCAUUAAUAAUUAGAAUCGGUUCUUGGCACUGAAUACUUUUUCUUCCUUCUUCGCUUGUAAAAACAAUUAUAUGAGCUAAUUGAACAAAUAAUGAUUGGUAAGGCAAAGAUUUAACUUCAAAAAAAACUUUAUCGUGAGUUUGGCUCAGUUUUUCUCAUUAUUUGUCAAAUCUCGGCAGUCAGCUUUACUCAACAACUCAAAACUUCUUUGGAUCCAUUUCACCACUACAGUUGCAAAUGGCGUAGUGGUUUUCGGGCAAGAUUCUGCGGGUAAUCGACUAUCUGUUUUCUACUGCCCUACGAUGGAGGAGGCUCAGACGGAGACUGACCGCCGCGCCGCCGCGCCCUCCACCAAUGCCUCGGAGGCUGCCAUUGACCCCCUUGACAUUGACCGAGUGGAGGCGGGGCCGAACACGCUGGAGACGAUCGUACUGAGCGUGGUGGGCGCGCCGACCGAGUCGGGGGCCGCCACCAGCCAGGAGGCGGCCGGGGACAAUUCGCCGUCCAAGGCCCCGCCGCAGUCCCGGCGCCUGCAGCGCUACCGCUCGACAUGGGAGAACAUACCGGAGCUAAAAGACUGGCUGCAGGGAGUCGACGGUGACCCGUACUCGGCGUGGUGCCGCCACUGCUGCAGUGGACUCGUCUGUCACCUGAAGAACCUCAUGCUCCACGCGCGCAGCGCCAAACACCUGAAGCGGAGUCGGGGUGCGCGGCCGGCGCCGCCGCCGCCGCCGUCGGCGCGACUGGGCCGCGGCCGCCGGAUGACGCCCGUGCUGGCGGCGCCUGCGCAGGGCGGGCGGCGGCGCACCUCACGCCGAGCGGUGACGGUGGUGCUGCCGCAGUCGCCGCAGCGCUCCGGCGGCAGCCCGGAGCGGUCCUUCAGCCCGGCGGAGGACUCGCCUCCCCCGUCCUCCGGGUACCCGACGCCGAGCCGGCCGCAGCCCACCGCCGACGUCUCCUACGGGGACAUUGACCGUGUUAACUACUCCAUUGGCCUGCACAACCUGACAGUGGGCUUCGUGGGCGCCGGUAACAUCGCCAAGGCCACGACCAAGGGCAUGCUCGACAAAGGUAUCGUCUCGCCGGCCUGCGUGAUCACCAGCGCCCCGACCCGGCUCCGUUUGGACACGUGGCGCCUCUGGGGCUGCUCCACCACCACCGAUAACGCUGAGGUGGUGCGGGAGUCGGACCUGGUGCUGGUCGCCGUCCAGCCCCUGGUGGCCGAGUCCGUAUUCGCCGGACUGGGGGCGGCCCUCACUGACGGCAAGGAGCGCUGCUUCGUCUCACUGGUCACCGGAUGGACCCGGCAGCGCAUCAUAGAGACGAUCAGCUCGCGUCGUCCAGUGGGGGCGCAGCAGACGCCUUUUCACGUGGUACGUUGCGUGCCCAACCUGCCCGUCUCGAUCGGCGAGGGGAGCACAGUGUACUGCUGCGGCGACGACCUGCCGCGCAACUGGCUCCUCUCGGUCGAGAUGGUGUUCUCGGCGCUGGGCUCGUGUCAGAAGGUGGAUGAGCGGCUAAUGGACGCCUACAGCGGCGCGUUCGGCAGCGGCACCGCCUACGUGCUGAGUUUCGUGGACGCGCUGGCCAGCGGCGCCGUCCAUCUCGGCGUUCCCUGGCACGAGGCACUGCAGAUGGCCGCCAAAACGACGGCCGGGGCGGCGCAGCUGCUGCUCGACUCGGACCGGCCGCUCUGUGAACUGAGCCGAGACGCGGCGGCCGCCGGCGGAGCCACGCUGGCCGGAACACGUACUCUGCAGAAGGCCGGCUUCGGGUACGCGGUCAUGUCUGCUGUGGAGGCCUCUGCUGAGAGGUCCCGCCAGCUGGGGGAGCGCCCGGCCUCAGCGAGGGAGGGGCCGGCGGCCGACCCCCGGCCACCGCCGAAAGGUGUGGUCACCUGGGUAGUGCAAGGCACCGGCGACGGUGACACGCCAGACCCGUCCUAGGCAGUGCCAGGGACACGUGAAAGGGGAGGGGAAGCUGCCUCCGCUGUUCCGCCGGGGGUGGGAAGGGUUGUGUGUCGUGGUUCAGUGCGUGGGUCUCUCUCUUCAGUCGGCCAUUCCAGCGGACUCGGCUGUACGCACCGUGCAGGACACUGUCCUGUCCACUGACAGAUAUCGCUCUUCAGAACGAUUUGCUGCAGUGCAGUGCUUUGGAGACUGUGGUCCAAUGUAACGGUUCGCCGUGUCAGUGCAUGGUUUCCAAGGAACUCGGCGUCUUGAUGUUCCCCAUACGGUGCGUCGAUGUCCUUCAUAAUGCGAUGACGAUAAUUUUGACAUGUGCCGCACUACCAUCCAAUACAUGCGUCAAAUACAUUCAUCUUCAACAA